UAGUAAAAGCUGUUUUUGAGCUCUUGCUUUAAAGUUUUCUGUUGAUGUUUUUAUCAUACCCUUUCAAUUCAAGUCAUAUAUUAUGUUCACAGGUAUACCCAUCAUAGAAAACAUUACUGAUGCCAUUUAUUGCAGCAGGAAGACCAUCUGUGUGAUCAGUCGCCACUACCUGCAGAGCGAAUGGUGCUCAAGGGAGGUCCAGAUGGCCAGCUUUCGUCUGUUUGACGAGCAGAAGGAUGUGCUGAUCCUGCUGUUUUUGGAGGAGAUCCCUCCCCAUCAUCUGUCUCCGUACUACCGCAUGAGGAAGCUGGUGAAGAAGCGCACCUACCUGAGCUGGCCUCAGGCUGCCCAACACCCAGGAGUCUUCUGGCAGAACGUCCAGAGAGCUCUGCAGACAGGGGAUUAG